AUGAAGCGAUCCAGUUCGAAUAUUGGUGGUAACUACCCAGGCAGCCAUGUGCGCUCCAUCUCGGGAUCUAGGCAUUCCCUUGCCAUGCCGCGCCCAAGCCAGCCCAUGUUUCAACGGUCAUCGUCUGGAACAAAUCUUCAAGACAUUGGUCUUUCUUCCGUGAAGCGCUCCUCGUUCGCACCGAAAUCGACCUUCACUCCAGGACCCGCCGCCGCCAAGCGAGCUUCAACUGAUGGCGAUCGACGAAGUAGCGUAUACCGACCUCGUCAGUCUACUGUGCCUGCGGCUAGUCACCACCAGAGCUUCUUCCAGACGACACCUGCGCCUGCUGGCGUACCCCGCGAUCCGCGACCUCUAAAAGACCGAUCUUUCCAGGCUCGAAUUGGACAGGAGAUUAUGGAAUACAUGGUCCAAAACAAUUUUGAGAUGGAGAUGAAGCACGUUCUUUCACAAAACGUUCUAAAAUCGCCGACGCAAAAAGACUUCAACUAUAUGUUCCAGUGGCUUUAUCAUCGCAUCGAUCCUAGCCACAAAUUCCAAAAGAAUAUUGACCAGGAGGUCCCUCCUUUACUGAAGCAGAUGCGAUACCCAUUCGAGAGGAGCAUCACCAAGAGUCAAAUUGCUGCUGUCGGAGGACAGAAUUGGUAUACAUUUCUUGGCCUACUUCACUGGAUGAUGCAGCUCGCUCAGAUGCUCGAUGGUUACGUGAACUGCCAGUACGACGAAGCUUGUAUGGAGGCCGGCAUUGACGUUAGUGGAGACCGUAUUAUUUUCGACUUUCUCAGCAAUGGUUACCGAGACUGGCUAGCCAUGGACGAAGAUAUGGGGGAUGAAGAAGCUGAACGUGUUUUGGCGCCCCAUGUUCAAUCCAUGGCAGCCGCUUUCCAGCGAUCGAACUCAAAGUACACGGAGGAACUCGAAACGCUUGAGGCUGAGAACGCCCGACUGUUAAAGGAAAUUGAGGAUCUGGAAAAGUCAACGCCGGACCCCGCAGUUCUCGAUCACCACUUCAAGAUUAUGGAAGAGGACAAGAUCAAAUUUGAGGAGUACAAUGCGCUGGCGAUGCAACGUUCCGAAAAGUACGAGAGCCGGUCUCAAGUGCUACAAGAAGAGCUCGACAAACUCUUGGAAGAACUUCACGAAGCCGACGAGGAGAGACGUAGCCUGCAAAAGGCGGUCGAUGCUCAAGGAAUCAGUAUGCAGGAUAUUGACCGCAUGACUGCGGAGCGAGAGCGAUUGCAGAAGGGCAUUGAGUCCGCGGGUGGACGAUUAGAGGAAGUGAAGAAGAAGGUGUCAGAACGAGAAUCAGAGGCGAGCCGAAAACUGGAUGAGCUGGAGCAGAUGGUUGAUCGAUACAACACAAUGGCGUACCAGAUCGCACUGAUCCCCUCAACAGCUGCCAAUGCCAAGGGCAGGGAGUUCGAGCUUCAAGUCAUGGUUGCUGAUAAUUCCGACUUCACUUCAUCCAUUAUGAAAAGCUCAUCGGGCCCAUCAUCAGCAGACCGUCUUCUAGUCGAUCCCACUACAGGUUACCAAGCGGGCCACAUUCUCAACUUGGACCUUCGAGGUCAAAUCCGUAACAGCUUCUUGUCGCUGCGUAAAGAGAUCUCAGAUCGACGAGCUACAGCGAUGGAGGAGAUGAUGAAGGAUCACGACCUGCUAGAUGGCAUCAAGGAGGCCAUUGAGGAUAGACGCAGCGAGGUUGAGGCUCUCAAUCAUCGCGUUCGUGCAGCUGAAGAGGAGUACGAAAAGACAAAGGAGGUAACAACAGCGCAAAAGCUGGCCUCUGAUGCUCACAUCGAGAAGAUGGAGAAGGAGCUGUCCCGCAUGCGUGCCGGUUUGUCCGAGAACGUUCAGAUUCUGGAACAGCGCGAAAUCAACACAACAAUUGAAUAUGAGCAGCUUGUGCUUCAGGCCAACGCUCUUCGAGAGGAGCUUCAUACGGAGAUUGACCGAAUGCUCAACGAUGUCAUCAAGUUCAAGAUCCAUGUCCAGAAGAGUCUUGACGACUAUGAAGGUUUCGUAACAGAAGAACUCGAAAAAGAGCUCGGCAGCGACGAGAUGGCCGAAGAUACUCGGCAAAUCGAUAUGUAA